ACGCCAAUCAAAAUUCUCCGAACUCGUGACUCCCUCAUCCCCGCCCUCCAUCCCUUCACCCACGCAAGAAAACACUCCUGCACUCGCACUCGGUCUCGGUCUCGCCAGACCCAAAUUCUCUUCAUCUCGCACACGCACACGCACGCACACGCACGCACACCCCCGCACCUCGUUCAAUCAACAUGCCAAAGGAUGUGUCGCCCGAGACCAUGCCGGAGCUGAGCUCCAGCCAUAUCUUCAGCGUCAAGGGAAAAGUCGCGCUGGUUACGGGUGGUGGUAGCGGUCUGGGAAAGAUGAUGGCUACUGCGCUCGUUCGCAAUGGAGCAAAGGUGUACAUUGCAUCGCGCAAGAUCGACGAGCUGAAAAAGCAGGCUGAAGCCAUGCAAAAGUUGGCGCCAUCGGGCUCUGCUUCCCCGUCGGUGAUUGCGCUUCAAGCAGACGUUGGCAGCAAGGCGGGCUGCUAUGCCUUGGCAGACGCCAUCAAGUCGGCCGGCGAGAAAUCUUUGGACAUUCUCGUCAACAAUAGCGGCAUCACGUGGGGCGGCAUGCUGGACGAUUUCCCAGAGGAAAAGGGUUGGGACAAGGUGUUUCACCUCAACGUCAAGAGCCAAUUCUACCUCACCGUCGCCCUGCUGCCGCUCUUGGAAGCUGGCAAGUCCAACACGAAGCAGGCUUCCGUCAUCAACAUUGCAAGCACUGCCGCCAUUGCGCCCAUCGCAGAGGGUGGACUGGGCGAGCCGGGUACGGGAACUUGGAGCUACCAACCAUCCAAGGCGGCUUCGCUUCACCUGACUCGAACCAUGGCCAACUCCUUGUCCGAAAAGUUUGUCCUCGUCAAUGCCAUUCUGCCCGGCGUCUUUCCCAGUCGCAUGACCAGCUAUGCGCUCACCAAUAACAAGGAGAUCCUCGAAGGCGUGCAGCCGACUGGCCGCACGGGCACGCCGGAAGACAUUGCGGGUCUGACGCUGCUGCUCUGCAGUAGAGCCGGUGCUCACAUUGUCGGACAAGGCAUCGUCGUGGAUGGCGGUCAAAUGCUGCAGUUCGUACCCAAGCUUUGAGCCCAAAAAGAGACGGAGAGAUGCAUGUACGCGCGCGCGCGCUCGACUACCCGAUGCAUCCCCCGCGAACGAACGACUUCGUCUGACCUUUAGCACGCCCUCCGUCGUCGUCUUGCGAACUGUUGCAGGGUGCGCAAAGAGAGGAGGAGGAACAUUGCGAGAUUGUGAGAGGGGAAGAAAGCGGCGGCGGCGGCGGCGGCGGGGGGGGCGCUCAAGUACUACUGGUUGCUGCUGCUGCUGCUGCUGCUGCUGCUGCAUUUGGAACGUUGCCACACGCUUGUAUGCGGGGACCUCGAGCCUCGUGCUCAAGCGAAGUUUUGGAAAUGCGCGGAAUUUGCAAAAAGCGUCUUUUGUUGCCCUCCCGCGUGUUGCGCACACUCUUCGCAUGUCUUGAUAGACUAGGGUGCACGAGUCGCGAUCGUGAUUAGAAGAAGCGAGGG